CCGGUGGUUACAAAAUUGCACGUGAAACAUUUCAAAUCCCAACGGUAGUUCAUUCGUUCAUAUUACGCUUUCAAUUGUGGAGUAUAUCAAAAUGCGCACCGAAACACACCUGCCUCCAUUGGAUGAUGAAAAAUCGAUUCUGCGGGUGAACAGUCCAAAAAGUCGCCGCGACAAUGGCCGAUCGCCGACAAAUGACGACUCGUCGUACGAAUCGUCAACUGAGUCGACCGACGAACCAAAUCAGCCAAUGAACUUUCAGCAUUCAAACGACUACAGUCACGACGAUUACUUCGAUUCACUUCAUAAGAACUUAAUACCAAAAAUGGGUCAGCCAAAAUUAUUGACAAAAGAUGAAACGAGUCGAUUCAGAAUGAGCGCGAGGCAAACUCUUUUCACAGAUAUGUUGCUCAAUGGAUUCAAUAAGUCUUACAUGGAGAUUUACAACUUAGAAAGACAAUUUCAGGAGGAAAAUAAAGCGCAAGGAGUCAACACUGCUGUCAUGCUUCCGGACCAAGAGUUAAAACUAUUGUGCGAUAAUCUGCAAGCUGUAGAAACGUACGAACGAUCCAAGUCUUCAAGUCACUCAUACACGACGUUGAAAAACCUAGCCGAAAAGUUUGAAUCAGCGCCUUUCGUUAAUCAAUAUUUGAUGAAACGGUGCUUCCAAGUAGCUGUUCAAGUUGGCGACUCGGAUCAAAACCGAAUUUUGGCCGAUGCUCACAAACUGGUUGGAAUGAACUUCUUUCGACUGGAGAAAUACGACCAAGCAUACGAUCACCUGAACCGCUACAUGGAAAUCGUGGACCAAUCAGAUUGGAAGAAUGUGCCGGGCCAAUUCAACUUCUACAUCGAUGCGUGCAAUGCACUUCGGCUGUUUUACGUUCGGCUGGGUGAAUUGACUUCGAAUCCAGAGGAGGCACUGGAACAUUUCCAGAUGGCACACUCGUAUGCAGCGCUUUGCGACAACAAGCAGCAAAUUAAACAAGUCAGCCAUAAACUAG